AUGACCGCGUUCAGCGCGUUGGUCGGUCUUCUGGCCAUUCCAGUUUCGUACCUGUCCAGUCUUGGCCUACAGGGCCGGAUACCCCAAGAUAUCCUCUCCAGCUUCGAGAGAGGUCCAGCAUCUCUCAUAGAUCUCGCGGUACAAGUGGACGUACAAAGGAUCGCUUCUGAGCUCAACAUAUCUGGAGUCUCGACAGGAGUCGUUCGCAAGGAUGGGCAGGUCAAUUACCACCCAUGGGGCAAGAGGACGGAGGACGACGAUGAGGUAGCUUCAGAUACUCUCUUUCAUAUGGCCUCUGUAUCCAAAGCCUUCUGUGCUUCCGCGCUCGGAGUCCUCAUUGAUGACUAUACACAAUCACGCAAUGUCACGCCUCUCCCUGUUGGCCUCUCUUCUCUGAGCUGGGAGACAAAAGUGAAGGACGUCCUCCCAGCCGACAGCGUUGAUAAGAGUUAUGGCUUAAUGGAUGAGUGGGCGCACGAGAAAGCGACGCUACGCGACAUUUUGGGUCAUGUCAGUGGAGUUCCUAGACAUGAUCUGUCAUACGGUUCCGGAGACACCGCUCAGAGUGCUAGUGCGCGCUUGAGGCACCUUAGACCUGCAUAUGAGCUCAGAGAGAAGUGGUCGUACAAUAAUCAGAUGUUCACACUCGCGGCCCACAUCAUCGCCACGCAUUCAGGCCAGACGUUCCAAGAGUUCGUACGGACGAGGAUAUUUGGUCCGCUUGGCAUGAGCAACACGACGUACUCCCCACAGGAAGCUUAUGUUACAGGUCGAUUUGCGCAAGGAUUUACGCGCGAGCAACGCAGGCUACCGGAAUGGUUUAGCGAGAACGUCGCCGACUUGAUGGCAGGGGCGGGAGGCGUCAUCUCGAGUGCGGAAGAUAUGACUAAAUGGGCUCAACUCUGGCUAAACGAGGGAGUCUGGGAUAACGAGACGAUCAUCCCGAAAGAUACGUUCGAGAAGGCAUCCACUGCGUACUCGAUCUCGGUCGGUGCGCCAGCCGCCCCUCCGUACUCAAUCUCAGGAUAUGGUAUGGGCUGGUGGCGCCAUUCCUACAGGGGUCAUGAUGUUGUCUACCAUUCUGGAUCCAUUCCAGGCUUCUCUACGCUCGUCUCCUGGCUGCCAUCUGAUGGACUCGGUGUCGUCGUCUUUGCUAAUACCGCAGAUGUCGCUGGUCCUGUGUUGGCUAUCUCAAAUAGACUUGUGGAGGGCGCCCUCGGUUUGCAGCCUCUGCCUAAGGGCGAAUACGACCCAUACAUGAUACCCUACGCAACGAGCUCCCCUGGUCGCGCCAAACCGCCCCCUUCCGAUUCGGACCCCACGCCAGAAUUAGAGGACUUCGCGGGAACGUAUCACGACCCAGGCUACGGAUCCCUCUCGCUUUGCGCCGCUUCCACGCAAUCAGCAUACUGCACCGAAACACGAGCGACGCUUGCUUCUGUGGAUGCCGCCGCAGGACGUAACAUCACCAAAACGGCUGAGCACCAGCUCGUGGGUGCCUGGCCGCGCGUGUGGUGCUCGCACGUGCGUUUAGUCCAUCGUGGGUAUGAUGAGGAGACGCAAACGGUCAGGUUUGGGCUCGACUGCACGUCGCUGUAUCCUCAGGGGUACGGGAAGAAUACGACGGCAUUUGAGUUGAGCGAUUUCAAGGGCGGGGAGGUUGCUGCUGAAUUCGUGCUUGACGACGGAGACGUGAAGGGAUUUGGUGUCUUUGGGUUGUUGGGACCAGACAGUCUGGAGCAGGUGCCUGCAAGCGAGGUGAAGGAGCGGGCAGAGGUGUGGUUUGAGAAGGUUUGA